CCGAGUUCUGCUACAGGGGGGUCACAUGACCGAGGAGAGCAGGAGUUUAGGGAGGAUUUCUUAGGGAUCAGAGUUAGAGAAAUACACUGUGUGGAAACGGGCUGAAAUGAGUUUCCUCGGGGGUUUGUUUGCGCCGGUGUGUGAAAUCGAUGUCGUCCUCAACGAUGCUGACACGAGGAAGACGGCGGAGAUCAAGAUGGAAGAUGGCAAAGUGGAAAAGCACUUUCUGUUCUAUGACGGUGAAUCGGUUUCGGGAAAGGUGAACCUCACUGUGAAGCAGUCUGGGAAGAGGUUAGAGCACCUGGGAAUUCGCAUUGAAUUCGUGGGACAGAUAGAGCUGUUCAGCGACAAAAGCAACACCCAUGAGUUUGUGAACCUGGUAAAGGAGCUGGCUCUGCCCGGGGAGCUGACGCAGAACAGGAGCUACGACUUUGAGUUCAUGCAGGUGGAGAAGCCAUACGAGUCCUACAUGGGAGCCAACGUCAGGCUGAGGUAUUUCCUUAAAGUGACGAUUGUGAGAAGACUGUCAGACCUGGUGAAGGAGUAUGACCUCAUUGUUCACCAGCUCGCCACGUAUCCUGACGUCAACAACUCCAUCAAGAUGGAAGUGGGAAUUGAGGACUGUCUCCAUAUAGAGUUUGAAUAUAACAAGUCAAAGUACCACUUGAAGGAUGUCAUUGUGGGGAAAAUCUACUUCCUGUUAGUGAGAAUCAAAAUCCAGCACAUGGAGCUACAGCUGAUCAAAAAGGAGAUCACUGGGAUAGGACCUAGUACAACUACAGAGACAGAGACAAUUGCGAAGUACGAGAUCAUGGAUGGGGCUCCAGUUAAAGGGGAGUCCAUCCCCAUCAGGCUCUUCCUGGCUGGCUAUGACCUUACUCCCACGAUGAGGGAUGUAAACAAGAAGUUCUCGGUUCGGUACUUCCUCAACCUGGUGCUGGUGGACGAAGAGGACAGGCGAUACUUCAAGCAGCAGGAGAUUGUUCUGUGGAGGAAGGCUCCGGAGAAACUGAGGAAACGCAACUUUCACCAGCGCUACGAGUCCCCCGAGCAGAGGACAACGGUUUCUGCAGAGAAGCCCGAGAUGUGAAAAGCAUGGUGGAAGGAAAAGCGAACUUGGUGGUUUCUACUUUUGGCAGAGCAGCAGACUGGAAGAAAAAUGGAUAAGAGAACGGCCAAACACCCCACUUCUCCUCGCUGCCUUCUUUCCAUCCGACACUGCUGCUUACCAAGCAUUCCGCUAGCGACUACGGUCUCUGCGCAAGACAAAGGAAACGAGAAAAAAAACAACACUGGAACGUCCAGAAGCUACCAUUUCUUUUAUACUGCACAUUUUACCCACUUUCGUUGAAAUAAAAUAUUACACUUGCAAAUGCAAAAAACUUUAAAACAAGAAUAAAACAAGUUUAUACUUAUUUCGAAGAGCGUUCCCAUGCAUGUAGGUGGUUAAUUUAUAAGAUUAUAUGAACAGAAAUAAUAUUUUGCAUUUUGUUAGAUGUGGGUUUCAGGAUUUGCCUUUAGAAUCACGCUAAGGGGAAAGACAUAUGAGAUCCCUGCGUGCCAUAUUCUUAAUUCACUGUAAGGUGUAAAAGAUUUAUAUUGGAGACUGUCUCCUAAGUUAUGUAGUGUUUAUUUUACAGUUUAUACCAUUCUUUCCUAAGACUUUGUUCUAUACAGUGAGGCAUAUUUUACUUAUUUUUUUGCCCCAAAGCUGAAGAAUUAAUGUUGAAAACAGUGCUGUUACAAGAGGAUAGUAGGAAUCUAAAUUUGGCUGAAGUCUUUUUGGGGUCCUCCAGAUGAAACUGUGUAUUAAAAUCUGCUUUUACUGUUGCCAGUCUCAUCUCGCUGGUUUAACUCAAACAUCACAUGGACUGCUUUUUAAUUUCAAAAAUCCAUUAAAUACACAAUACACCUGCUUUAGUUUUUUUACGCGUGCGGAAAUAGUGGCGAUUUUCAGAAAGGUAAAUGCACGGUUAUAAGAGUUUAGAAUGACUGUGCUGCAUUCACUUCACACUUCAGUGUACAGACCAGUUGCUGAUGACCAUGCACAGGCAAUUUAUAUCCCUUUUUGUUGUAAGUGCCUGUAAGAAACUAAAAAUUUAUGCCAAAUAUUGUCUUCGCCAUUUGCAUGUUCUCACACCUUUUACAAUGUCCAAUUUAAAACGGUGAAAUUUGUGAGCAUUAAAGAUUGUACUAUACAGCCUCCAGUUAUUCUAUUUCAUGUAAAAUAAAAGUUAAAAAUGUCUGCUGGUAUUCUAACCACAGCCUGGUGUCCUAACGUUUGGUUACAUUGAGAAAUUACAUUAAAAUGUGUACAGUAUCUGCA